AAGGUGACCAUUCCAUGGCAGACUUCGUCGGUCCGCUGGAACUGGCUCCGAGCCGAGUAGAUUCGGAUGGCAUUGGCCUCUUCAUCACCAGAGACGCGAAAAGAGGGGAGCUUCUUCUCGUUAGCAAUCCCAGCUGGGACAACCUUCAUCUUACUCGAGAGUGGGGUGACAAGAUCACAAUGCUGGUGAGAGCCUGCGCCGGAUCAUCACGGACUCGAUCGAGAAUGGUCGCAAUGGGGGAAGAAGUUGCACGCAUCGACGCUUUCAGGCCAAACUCACGAAUCAAAGUGACUGAAGAGCUCCAAAUCUCCUUGAUCGAGGAGGUAGCGCACAACCAUGCCGACUGCACGCUGCCGUUCUGUAUCAAUCACUCGUGCACACCGAACGUCUACUGGUGCCAUCGCGGCGGUAUCAUCCUCGUCCUUGCCUCGCGCGACUUGGAGGCUGGGGAGGAGCUGCUCAAGUCCUACUACAACUGCUCGCUGCGCCUGGGUUCUUGCCUCUCGAUCGGCCUCCACUGCGAGAGAUGCUUGCUCCAGUCGAGGCCACCGCUGGAUGGAAUCGCCGCGAGAUAUCAGGCCGAGAAUCGAUCCGAGGAGGGUGGCGGCGCCAACUUUAAGCUGGUGGAGCUCGUCUCGGAACUGGAGAGGGAGAUGAGAAAGAUGGAGCUGAGCGAGGAGGAGACAAUGCAGCUGCGGUGUGCGUAUUUCCGGGGCUACGCUACGUACUACGCAAGGUGGAAAAGCCAUGGCCGGGACGAGCUUCCAGAGAUGCCGGAGCCAGUGCUCGUCUUCGGGGCCAUGCACAGGUUUGCAUCGGGGGAUGGCAACGCGCUGCGCGUCAUGUUUGGUUUCCACAGCUUGAUCCACGGCGAGCUCUCCCCUUGCGACGAUGAAAGAGUGCGGCAGUGGAUGCUUGAGCUAAGCGUUUCCAGCGCCGGGAGUGCCUGGGAGGCAGCCUGGGAGAGCGUGGUGGCUAGGAGAGACGAGUGUGAGAAGCUGUGCCUCAGCGGCGUCCCGGCACCUCCGUGGGAGAACUUGAGACGAUGAGAUGGGAGAGGCAUGGAGAGAACACAGAUCUCCAGCUCCACUUCGCCUCGCUUGGAGUGAGUAACUUGAGACGAUGAGUGAAACACAGGAAAAGAGAUGGCUUCGUCGCUUUGCUAACAUAUAAUUCUGUAAGCUAUUCACAGUC